AUGUCCAGCCGCAGUCUCUCCGCGCUGGCGCGCUAUUCUACCUCGCGCAUCCGCCCCAACUCCAUAGGUAGUACACGACCUGCCCGACUCCGACUCCGGCUCCUCUCAACGCUUCCCAAUCUCCCGCUCUUCCGCGCCCUCCAGAGCCAUGACCCGUCCAGUCUGGCUGUUGUCCACAGCAUGUCAUCCCGUUCCUUUACGUAUGGCAGCCUGGUUGCCGACGUGGUGCGCGCGCGGAACGAACUGCAGCGGAAAGUCGAGAACGAAAGUGGUCACGGUCAAUUAACGGGCGAGCGUGUUGCUUUUCUCGCGGAGAAUAGCUAUGAUUACGUGGUGACGCUGCUGGCUAUCCUUGCCAACGACGCCAUUGCGCUUCCCUUGGCUCCCUCUUUCCCCACGGGGGAGCUGCAGUAUAUCCUUGACAACUCGCAGGCCAAAGUACUGCUUUCUACGGAGAAGUAUGCCGACAAAGCGAGGGAGGUUCUCCGUGCGGGUCUGGACCGGGAUCCCGUGUUUGAAAUCCGGAACAAGAUCCAGAAGGGCGCCGCGGGCGAGUCGGUUAAUUUGGAAGAUGCGAAGAAGCCGUCGUCUAGCGGGAUUAUGCUUUAUACUUCGGGCACCACGGCUCGACCGAAAGGCGUGCUGAUUCCGGAAUCCGCUCUAGCUGCGCAGGCCUCGUCACUUCUUGAGGCGUGGAAGUAUUCCCCGCAGGAUAGACUGCUUCAUCUCCUGCCACUGCAUCAUAUCCACGGGACGAUAAAUGCGCUGGUGGCGCCCCUCGUGGCCGGCUCGUGCAUCGAGUUCAUGUACCCGUUCAACGCAGACCAAGUGUGGUCGCGACUCGCUGCACCCUUCUUGCCAUCCGACGACUCCGGCGGAAAGCAAAAGCACCCAAUUACCUUUCUAACAGCCGUGCCGACAGUCUACAACCGGCUCAUGAACGCAUUCCCCAAGUUAACAUCAGACCUCCAACAAGCAGCGAAGAAAGGCAUUGCCCCAGAAAAUCUCCGACUCAACAUCUCAGGCUCUGCCGCACUCCCAACACCCACCAAAACAGCCUGGACAAAACUGAGCAGUGGCAACGUCCUCCUCGAGCGAUUCGGCAUGACUGAAGUAGGAAUGGCGCUCAGCUGCGGGCUCGACCUUGCAGAUCGCGUCGACGGCAGUGUGGGCUGGCCACUUCCAGGCGUGGAAGUCCGUCUCGUCGACACGGAGACGGAGCAGGUCAUCCAACCAGGCGAAGAACUCGCUCCGGACGGCCGUGUGCGCGAGGGAGAGAUUCAGCUGCGCGGGGCUACGCUGUUCAGUAGGUACUGGGCGAAUGAGAAAGCGACGCAUGAGGCCUUUGUUGCGAGCGACGAUGGCGGAACGCAGUGGUUCAGAACUGGCGAUGUGGCGACGAGGCACACCGUUGAGGGUGCCGGUGCCGGACGCAGCGGACCCUGGGCGAGGGGGCCAAUGUAUUUCAUCCGCGGCCGGAAGAGCGUCGAUAUCAUCAAGACGGGCGGCGAGAAAGUCAGCGCGCUGGAGGUGGAGCGGGAGUUGCUUUCUCUGUAUGUUCUUCCCCUUCCUCCCUUCCCUCAUUCAUCUAUCUACCUCCUUCUUCCCCUUCCCCAUCUCUCUUGUCUUGUUUUAUUCAUGACAGUCCUAACAAACCAACUCCUGUCAUCUCCAUCCAGUCCCCAAAUCAGUGAAACAGCAGUAGUAGCUCUCCCCUCCGAACAAUGGGGUCAGAAAGUCGCCGCCAUCGUCGUCCUGCACCCAUCCGCGCAGACAGCCGGCCGACAUGGAAAGCCCUGGGGCGCGAUGGAUAUGCGGCGCGCCCUGCGUGAUCGAUUGGCGGCUUAUAAGGUGCCGCAGGAGAUGAAGGUUUUGGAUUCUAUUCCGAGGAAUGCGAUGGGAAAGGUUAAUAAGAAAGCGCUUGUGAAAGAGGUUUUUGGUGUUUGA